GACGUGCUCUCUGGCUCCAUAACGCUGUCGCCGACUACAAUGUCAAACCUUUUAGGAGUAUCGCGAGCUUCCGUUUCCACGCCAAGGGCAGAAGAUCCGUCGUGAUUUAUUUAUUUUUUGUUUGUUUGUUUGUUUGUUUGUUUGUUUGUUUGUUUCUGACUCCGCUCGAAGUGAUAUUUUGACGAUGUCUUCACAAUAAACCAAGCUAAGGUCUAUGUUAGAGAGGCGAAGGCUGAAAUGGAGGUGACAAGGCGAAGAGACUCCAGUGGACGGUUCUCGGACAACUCGGACCAUGACUGUGAGGUACAGAGGAAAGCAGCCUGAAGUGUAACGAAUGUGGGAAAAACAGGGCAAUAAUGGCCAGAUACUCAGAGGGCUAUGGCACUGAGGAGGAGUGCGUCCAGUCCGAUCCUCAGCGAGAGAGCGAUGCAGAUGCAGACGUAGAGGAUGCAGACACCAGACUACAGGUGGUGGGCUCUCUCCAGCGAAUCAGCUCUCGGAAGCGAAGGCGUCAGCGAGUAACCCGGCAAGACACCACAGAGAGCGAGGAUGAUGGCGGACAGAGCCACAGGAAUCACCGCUGGAGUCUGAGAUUGAGUCCUCAUCGCUCACCCAGCAGAACCAUACUAGAGGAAAGCGUUUCUCAGGUCAGGCCGCUGGUGAUUUGUCACUGUAACCCAGCAGAUACCCCGGCUGCUUCAGACAUCCACCCCGGCAAAGGAAAAUGGUGGACGAACAUAUGGCCUUCCUCCUCUUUCUCUUUACCUCUUCUCUUCUUCCUCUUUCUCCUCCCCCUCUGCAUUUCCAUCAUAAUCGUGUUCUUUUCAUUCCUCUUCCCGCUUACUAAUACCUGACACACCCCUCCCUGCAACAAAUACCUCAAGGAAUCCCCGCCCUUUUUUGUUUAUUUAUUUUCGGUUGUUGUCGUCCAUGCGUAUUUUAACGAGAAGCACAAAAAUCGGCCUUGAAAUGAAAGUGUAACAUUCGAUACAUGUUAGCUAGUGGAUAUUCGUUGCAUUAAUGAUUUCGACUUUUAGUAAAGUCAGGCGGAAUUCACUCCUUAUUCCUUUCCUCUUGUCUUGACUGAACUGUCAGUGUUUAAUCACCCACAAUAACGCAUCGUAUUAUAUUUAUUAACAGUUAUAUAAAAAUCCUUUCGAUUAUUCAUUUGCUGUUUAUUACGGCUUGUUAUUAAGCGUCACCAUGUGCUCCGAUGUUAUCUCUUACGCCACUGCAUACGUGUGUACGUAUAGACGCUCGAGUGUUGGAGGGCCAAAGCGUGUAAAAGAAAAUUACUAUGCAAUGUACAGACAAGUCUUUUAGGGUACGUUUAUGAUAGAAAAUCAAAUUUUAGUUUUAUUUUGUGAAUGCAUGGCUGAAGCGAUAUUAAGCAAAACCACAACCGAUGCAUCAAAUCUGCGAUAAGUGGCCGAGCUUAUUACUUACUUUACUUACGUCUCACAUCAGCGUCAGCAAUUAAAGAUUUAAGUGCUAGUUAUUUUUAAAUGAGAAGUACAUUUAACGUGUUUUUCUUUUCUUUUCUUUUUUUUCUUUUCCAUUACAUCUUAAUAAUAGCCCUGAAGCGAUCGCUCAGGCAUUCCUGUUCGGUAUUAUUAAACGUUUAUGCUAUUGAUUUAGUGCUUUUACAGCAGCACAAGCUCCCAUCAUGUUUCUGUCCUUGUCACGGUUUCCUCUUCAGCUUUAAAAUGAAAAAUGAGGUGUGUGUAUGUGAAAAAUUUUGGGUCCAUUUGAACAUAAAUAAAAAAAAAAUAAAUAAAUAAAUUAAAAAAAGCUUUGAAAACA